AUGUUCGCUUGUGUCCUUAUUUUGCUGAUUUUCUUUGAAGGUAACCUUGCUAAAGAUGUGAUCACUCCAUACAGUGAUGCAGUUUUUGCCAGUGAGACUGAGAGUGUGAAACUCUCCUGUAAUUACACUGGUUCUGUUGAUAGUCUUCACUGGUAUCGACAGUAUCCCGGUUCACCACCACACUUCCUCAUACUGGAUUACUCUGGAUUUGUUACUCAUGCGAAUCCUCCGAUUGCUGGAAUCUCCAUCAAACACAGAAAAGACAGCAGCAGUGUGGAUCUGGAGAUCUCCUCUGCUGCAGUAUCAGACUCUGCUGUGUAUUACUGUGCUCUGAGGCCCACAGUGACAGGAAAACACUUCACAUCAUACAAAAACCUGAAAGAUUUGUAUGAUGCUAGACAUUAUGUCAGUUUUGGAAAUGUCAUCGCACCAGUCCAGACUGAUGUGUUUGGGACAGAAGACGACAAUAUAACUGUGUCCUGCAGCUACUCUUCAGCCAUUAGUCUGCAGUGCUUUAGAUCCCGAUUCUCUGCAAAGCUGAAUGAAGCAAAAACCAUGUGUUUUCUGGAGAUCUCCUCUGCUAAUGUGACUGAUUCAGUAAUGUACUACUGUGCCAUGGUGCCCACAGUGACAGGAAACACAACAGCUCUGUACAAAAACUAA